UUAAAAAUGGAAAAGCUCAGAGUAGAAGAAUCGAAAUCUCCUCCAAAACCCCUCCUUAAUAACAGAUAUGAAAUGGUCCAGAAAAUAGGAAGAGGGUCUUACGGUUCUGUGUACAAAGUUGAGGAUAAAUAAAGCAGCAGAGGUAUACGCCGACCCCAGCUUAGCUUCAGCCAGAAAAUAUCUUGCUAUUAAGAAAAUGAGACUCUCUCCUAAGCAGUUGAUGAACCAAGGUAUUGACUUUACUACGUUACGAGAGAUUAAGAUCCUCCAGGAGAUCAAACAUGAAAAUAUUAUUGCUCUCACAGAUGUUUUCUACAUUAAAAGCACAACUUUUAUGGCAAUGGAACUUAUGAAGACCGAUCUAUGGAACCUAAUGAUUGUACCUGAGGUUAAACUCAGGAUUGAUCAUAUUAAAUGCAUUAUGUUGCAGAUCUUUAAUGGCCUAAAAGUUCUCCACAAGCAUUGGAUAAUUCAUAGAGAUCUCACUCCUCAGAAUUUACUAAUUUCUGAAGAUGGGGUACUCAAGUAUUCAGAUUUUGGUCUCUCAAGGUUCUUUGCAGCUAAUGAUAAGCCAAUGACUCAAAAUGUGGUAACCUUGCACUACAGAGCUCCAGAGAUUCUCUUUGGAGCUAACUAUUAUGGUCCUCAGGUUGACAUAUGGGCAGCAGGAUGUAUUCUUGGAGGACUUAUCCUCAAAAAUGUUCUCUUUUGAGGGCAAGAUGAUAUAGACCAGCUCAGCCGGAUAUUUAGUGUAGUUGGGACACCAUCAGAAGAGACAUGGGAAGGUGUGACUGAGCUUCCAAAUUAUGUCGAAUUCCAGAAGACUGAACCUCAAUCAUUCAAAGUUCUUUUCCCAGGCCUUGAUGAAAGCCUUCUUGACCUUUUAGAACAUUGAUUAAUCCUUGAUCCAAACAAGAGGAUCACUUUAGAGGAAUGUCUUGAGCAUCCUUUCUUCAAUGAGAGCCCUGAUCCAUGACUGCCAAAUGAAAUUCCAUUAAAAGACAUAAGCUAGCUCUCAACUUGAGCAAUGA